CUGAACGAGCUUUCAAAGCGCGGGGACAGACAGGAGCUAAUAUAAACGGGCUGCCCUUCACUCGGGGCUAUCAGGGGCUACGAAAACAGCGCUACCUCUGUCACUGACCUCUGGCUCUUCAAAGAGACGACAGAGCGCGCGGAGUUCCGGCUCAUGCACAGCGGCCAGCGGCCAUGGCCACGCUGGAGGGCUGUCGCUGUCGGGGUGCCAGCGGCCGAAACAACAACAGCAUUCUUUAUAGUAUUUUAAAGAGCGAUAACUUCGCGACUGUCGAGGAGCCUCAACAACAGCCACAUUCCAAACAGCAACAAACACUGCAACACUUGCUCCAGAAGACCCCCUCCUCAGUGCCAGCCUCGCUGCAGGAGCUCCGGCAGCAGGCUUGCUCCUGCGGCUCCACGCGGCGCCGAGGUGUCCUCCGAUUUCCACAGGUGACGUGCAAAGCCGCUUCCGCGGUUCUGGUGAAGACCCUACGGUUCGUGAAGAACGUGCCCUGUUUCCGCGAGCUACCAGAGGAUGACCAGCUGAUGCUCAUCCGAAGCGGGUGGGCACCCCUGCUCGUGCUGGGACUGGCGCAAGACCGGGUGGACUUUGAGACGACGGAGACCGUGGAGCCCAGCAUGCUGCAGCGCAUCCUCACGGGUUUGCCGGACAGGCAGAGUGAGGCUCUGGCUGACCAGAGCAGGGCAGUUGCUGGGGUCUCCGUACUGGACAUCGAAGCUAUCAAAGCUUUCCUGAAGAAGUGCUGGAGUGUUGAUAUCAGUACGAAGGAGUAUGCGUACCUGAAGGGAGCUGUGCUGUUCAAUCCAGACAUAGAAGGUUUGCGGUGUCUGCACUACAUUCAGUCGCUGCGCCGAGAGGCACACCAGGCUCUGAACGAGCACGUCCGGCUGAUCCACCGUGAUGACACGACGCGCUUCGCCAAGCUGCUCAUCGCUCUGUCGAUGCUGAGGGCCAUCAGUCCGCCGGUGGUGGCCCAGCUCUUCUUCAGACCCGUCAUCGGGACCGUCAACAUUGAGGAGGUGCUCAUGGAGAUGUUUUACGGGAAAUAGGUCACAGCUCCACAGAGGACUGGGAUGAAUUCAGCAGGUUCAGAUGGACUAAAGAUGCUCAGAACUUUUAGGGCAGAUGAGGACUGAAUUUCUAACAGUGUGGAAAAUCUUCAAGGUCUGUGAAGUGACCAAAUUUAGCAUGAGUGCGUGUGUAUGCAUGCGAGAAUGAGUGAGACAGAGAAAGCAUGAGGGAAAGAAAAAUUAUAACAGAGGAAACAUACAAAG